AUGAGCAGCGGUCGCGACGGGCAGAUGGGAGCGUCCGGCGGCGAGCAGCGGGUGGAGGCAGGGCACGUAGGUGCGAGUGCGAGUGAGCAACAGGUAGGCACGGACGGCGCUCCUUCGCAACGGACCAUCUCGCCCACCGCUCCCUCCCUCGCGCCAGUCGGCCUUCCCCCAACGGUCACCGGCGCAGCUGGGCCGCCGGCUACGCUGCGGGAAGCGUCUGCGGUUCAGCGGUUCGCGUACCACAAGAAAGGGGCCCUGCCCCCCAUCAGCGCGCUGGCGCAGCGCGAGAUCUUGGCGCUGAAGCGCGCGCACCCCGAGCUGGAGGACGCGCACAUCGCGGCGGCGGUGAGCAAGCGGUUCGGCAUGUACGUCCGCGCGUACCACGUGCGCGCGAUCCUGCAGCGCGCGUCGGGCGAGCGGUGGGCGUCGUGCAGCAAGACCAGCUCGGACCGAUACAAGAACGCGGAGCUUGAAGCAGAGAUCGUGCGGUGGGUGCGCGAGACCAAGGCGCGCGAAGAGGCGGCGAGGCUGCCGAGCACGCGGUGGAUCAUCACGCUGAGGCGUGUGAGCAAGUACGCCAAGGAGAUCGGCGCCAAGUAUGGUGUUCCGCCGCGGUUCUUGUAUUCGACGGGGUGGUGCAGAAUGGUGCUGGAGGAUGCAGGGCUGGAUAGACGCGGUAACGAGAUGGACAGGCGCGUGUUGGAGAUUGAGGAGGGUGCGGGUGGGGGUAGCGGAGAGGGACGCGGGGAGAAAGGAGGAGCGAACACGAACCAGCCACUGGACAUCAGAAUCCGGUACGAGAUCGCGGUGGUGAAGCACGUGCGCCCGUUCCUGGACAACAAGGUGGUGUCCGCCGUCGUGCUCGCCAAGUACGGCAUAGACGUGCCUCCCAGGAAGGUCCAGCGCAUUGUGGAGGAGAGCGCCAAGUGGAUCGCAGCGGGCGCUAUCCCUGCCACCACGGAGCCCAUGGUGAGGCUGGAGGAUGCGAUAGCGGCGUGGGUGAUGCGCGAGGAGCAAGGGCGGGGGAGGGAGGUGACGCGGGAGCGGGUACUGGAGAAGGGGAAUGCGGUGGCGGGGAAGUUCUUGCCGCGCGUGCGCAGGCCGUUCACGCAGCAGUGGGUGGCGCUGUUCAUGCGCCGCUAUGGGCUGCUGCUGCUGCCGCUCACCCCGGGGCCCUCGGGUGGCGUGGAGGGGGGCGGGGAGGAGAGCGGGAGUGAGGAGGAGGAGGCCGCGGAUGAGGAAGGAGGCCGGGGCGAGGGGAAGGAAUGGGGCAAGGAUGCGCGUGGAGGGGAAGUGGGGGCAGGGGAGAGUGGUGCGGAGGGAGGGACGGGAGGUGGUGGGUUUAGGGAAGUGCGGUGGCGGAUGAGCAGGGGUGGGGAUGCGGAUGGGACGGGCGCGCAGUGGAGUGACGGUGCUGCUGCUGGUGGGGCUGACGGUGUGCAGGGGAUGGCAGGCGGGGUAACGAGUGAGGAGGAGGGCGGGGAGGAUUCUGAGGAGGAUUCUGAAGAGGAUGAGGAUGAGGAGGAGACGGGGCAGGGAUGGAGGGAUGGAGGGAAGAUGAGAGGCGGGGAGGGGAAGCAGGUGGAGGUGGUGGUGGAGCUGCAGGUGGACAGCCGCCACUUCCCAGCAGCAGUGGCAGCAGCGCGGCGGGCAGCAGAGGAGACGGUUCGGGAGUUCCAGAGGGACGUGGUGGAGGAGGCGGUGUUUGAUGCGGGGCUGCUGGUGCGCGGGGCCGUGGGGUACGGCAGCCAGCUGUGGCUGCGGGAUGAGCGCGGGCUGGAUGUCAGGGGCCGCGGGCUCUGGGCCAGGCACAGGCGGCUGGCGGCUGCUGGUGCGAUGAAGGGACGGGGCGGUGUGGGGGGGGUGGGAAGUAGGGGGAAAGGGAAGGGGAGAGAGGUGCCGGAGGUGGUUGAGUUGAGUGAUGACGAGGAGUGUGUGCCGGGAGGAGAGGGCGAGGCUGGGGUGCAGCAGAGGAGAGAGAGUGGGGAGGAGGCGAGGGUAGAGACAGGAGAGGAGGGAAGGGUAGAGGGGGAAGAAGUGAGAAGCUUGGUGGACGAAGGAGGGAAGGGGGACAAUGGAGGGGCAGGAGACGGCGGGGCAGAGGAUGGAGCGGGAGAGGAUGGAGCGGGAGAGGAUGGAGCGGGAGAGGAUGGAGCGGGAGAGGAUGGAGCGGGAGAGGAUGGAGCGGAUGGAGGGGAUGGAGGGGAAGGGGAUGGCGGGAGAGAGGAUAGAAGGGGAGAGGAUGGAGGGGCAGAGGGAAGAGUAGAGUUGGGGAUAGAAGAAGGGGUAGAUGCUAUGGCGGAUGAAGUCGGGGAUAGGAUAAGCAAAGAUGCAAUGGCGAAGGCGAGUGUGGACAAGAGCACAGAGGCAGGUGAGUGUGCCCGAAAGCAGUCACCAACCAGUAAGGCGGCCACCAAACCACCUAAGGAGCGGCACGAGGCGGGGUAUGGGUCGAGCUGGUUCCUGUGCGAGCGCGUGGCGUGCAUGGGGCGCUCCUACCGCAGCAGCCUGCCCACCGAAACCCUGCUCAUCCACGCCCCCGCCUCCUCGCUCGGCACAGCGUCUCUCGACACACAGGGUUCCGACGAGGAGGAAGAGGAUGAGGAGGAUGAAGAGGAGGAGGAGAGGCAUGCAGCACGUGAGCAGAGACACGGCGUAGGGGGUGAGAGUGCGCGGCACGCGGCAGGGCGGUUCAUCUACCUCUCACGGCCCCUGCGGCGGCAGCGGCAGGGCGAGGGGCAGGAGGCGAGCAGAGUGCUGCAAGGAAUGACCCUGAGCCGCGUGCGCGCGCUGUGCCUUGUGGUGCAGUCUCGCCCGAGCCUACAGCAGGCGCACAUUCUGAAGGCGGUGGAGAAGGCGUGGGGCGUGAGCAUGAGCGGUGGCGUGCUCAUGGCCAUUCUAGCUCAGAGGCACCGCUGGCUGCACCUGCCACAGGGGCUGUCGCUGCGCCUGCUCAAGAGGCCCAGACUGAGGGCCAAUAGGCUGCUCGAGGUGGCGCUCGCACGCUGGAUCGAGGGCUUGGGCGCGGGGGUGAAGGUUUACUGGGAGACCAUCUGCUGGCCGCCCCGCCUUGCUUCUACUGAUGAGAGCCGUGGCGCCGCUGCUGCUGCUGCUGCUGCUGCUGCUGCUGGUGCGGGUGCUGGUGCGGGUGUUGGGGGUGGUGGUAUGAGCAAGCGUGUGCGGUAUGUGCUGUCAAAAGAGGUGAUUAUAGCAGUGGCGCGGAGGAUUGGACCCAUAGUGGGAGUGGUGCCCACGUUCAAAUACGCGUACAGCUGGUGUGGGCGGUUCGUGCAAAUGGUGGCCAAGUGUCGCGCGCUGCAGGCCGCGGCAGCGCGUGAGAGAGCAGGCAUGCAGGCGGGCCUCCCUGGGAAGGAGAUGCAGGGCGCAGCCGUAGACAAGGAGCACGUGGGUGUGGGACGUGGGGAGGGGGGGGGGCAGGGAGGCGGGGUUAGGGAGGGUGGAGUGGUCUUGAUCGAAAGGAGUGGUGAAGUGGCAGGACGGAAUGAAGGCAGGGAGGGGGAGGAUGUUGGGGAUGAGGAGAUGGAGGAGGAAGUGGAGAGGCUGUUGGAGGAGGAGAGGCAAGGUGAGGGGGUUGUGGGGCGUGGGGAGCAUGGAGCCAGUGAGUCCUGGGAUGACCUUGCCGUGUGGGACCCACGCAUGGAUUGUGCGGUUGAAGGUGCACGAGGGGCAAGUGGGGCAGCAGCAGCUGAAGGGAUGGCAGGGGGGGAUUCGGAAGCAGGCAGAUGUGCAAGGCAGGAGGAGGCGUGGAGAAGGGACUUUCUAAAGAGGGUGGAGAGGCACUUGCUGGAAGCUCAGAUGAGCCAAGGUCAACGUGGGGAGGCUCAAAUGGGGGAGGCGCGAGUGGGAGAGGCUGAAACGUGGGAGAAUCAGUUGACACGGAGACGAGGGCUGGACGUAUCAGUGGUGGGCGCUGAAGCAGAAGCAGGAGUAUCGGAGCCGUCAGCGGCAGUGGUGGUGGCGGCGGUACGGCGGGCGCUGUGUGAGUGGGUGGCGGAGGGGGUGGUGGGGCAGCGCGCGGACUCGGAGGAGGCACGGGAGCAGGUGGUGGUGGUGGGCGCGGUGGGGGCGACGUGGGGCGUGCAGGUGCGCGAGGAGGACCUGGCCCUGCUGUGGCAGCAGCGCACACAGCUGCUGGGGGCUGCGUGGCAGGCACGCAUGAGGGAGAGUCUGGCGAGGAAGGGUGGGGUGGGGGAUGAGAGUGCGAGACAGGGGCAGAGGGAGGGGGAGGAGGGGGAUGGUGGAAAGGAGGAGGGGGACGAUGGGGUGCAGGGGGGAUUGAGAAGUGCUAGCACGAUGCAGCGAUUGGAAAGAUUGCUGGCGAAAUGGGUGAAGGGUAGGGUAGCAAGGGGGCAGGGAGAGAGUCAGGAGGAGCGGCAGAAAGAGAAAGGGCAGAGCCAGGGGUUAUCAUGCGUGCGAGAGGGGGGCGCGACUCCUGCUCCUGCUCUCUCUGCCACAGCUAUCCGUGGCUGUGCCAUGCACCUGCUGCUGAAAUGCAGCAUGCCUGUGUCCAUGUCUCACAUGUUCACGCGCCAGUGGAUGCUCGCAUUCCUGCACCGCUGGGCCAUCAACCCCUGCCUCGUAUCCGGCCUUGACAAGCUUCCAUCCUCUACACCCGCCACUAAUACCACAACCAUCACCGUCACCACCACUGCUGCUGCUGCUUCCGCGGCUGCUGCCGUUGCCGGUGCUGGCGGAAGACCAUCGGGCGCACAAGAAGGGAGCUCAGGAGGAAGGAGAGAGCUGAUGACACACGCAGCACAGGCAUCAGUGGCAGCAGAGGCGGCAGGGGCAGCAGAGAGUGCGAUGGAGGUGGGGGUGGAUCUGCUGGAGUGGGUGGAUGCACGGGACGUGCGGGCGCUACUGCGCGCCAUGGACGGGGAGAUCUGGCGCGUGCGCCUGCGCGUGCGGCAGCGCAUGCGGUGGCUCAGCUCGGUGGACCAGCUGCAAAGCCAGGCCCGGCGAAAGGGGGAGAACGGCGCGAGGGGGGGCACGGGGGAGGGGGGGGACGCGGGGAAGGGACAAGAGGGCGCGAGUAGGGUGGGUGGGGAUGGUGGAUGCUGGGGUGAUUUGAGUGGUGGGGGGGAGAAAGGCGGUGAGAAGAGUGGGAGAUUGUGGAGGAGUGGUUUGUUCAACACGCCGUGUUAUUAUGACCCGCUGAGCGACGACCGGCCUAAGAAGGGCGUGCGUGCGGGCCAGGUGCGUGGUGACAAGCAGAGGCAAGGUGCCGAGGAGGGCGAGGACGAGGGAGGGAUGGAGGGAGGAGACAGGGAUGAUGCAGAGGUGGACGCAGAGUGUGUGGUGAGUGGGGGGCUGGAUAGCGGGGGAGAGACAGGAGAAGGUGAGGGAGAGGAAGGGAGGGAUGGCGCAGAAACGGGUCGGGGAAGAAAAGAGGGGAGAGGACGAGGAGAAGGGGGAGGACGACGGGGGGGGAGAGGACGAGGAGGAGGCAGAGGGAAAGAAGGAGGGAGCGGGAAAGAAGGAGGGAGAGGGGCAGGAGGAGGGAGAGGGAAACGAGGGAGUGGGGGAGGAGGAGGGAAAAGGGAAGGAGUGAGAGGGGGAGAAGCAGUGACAGGGGGAGAAGGAGAGGAAGGUGGAGCGAGGGAAAGAGCGAAGCGUGGCGGAAGAGUGAAAAGCGGAGGGGGUCCGAGGACGAAGAAGCUUGUGGGAGUCAACUGGGAUGGCUUCUGGAGUUUCGAUGAUGGCCAUGCCGCUGGGAAUGCUGGUGAGGGAGCGGAUGGUGGGAGACAAGGUGGAACCGAUGCUCGUGAUGUCACUGCACCUCCUGCUGCUGCUGCUGCUGCUGCUGCUCGUGCUGGUGCUGCUACUGGUGAUGGUGCUGCGGCUGCUGCUGCUGCUGGUGAUAGUGAUCCCUUCCCACCCCAGCCAUUCCCGGGCAUGCCUCCUUGGUCGCAACAGCCCAAUGCCUCGCAGCCUCGUCGUCCUGUUGCUACAGCUACUGCUGCUACCAAAGCUGUUGCUGUGGCUCCGACUGCACGUGCUUACAUGGGCGUUGCAGGAGAUCAAGCUGGUCCAAGACAGAAGGACACAUGGAAGAGAGGGCAGGAGCAUAGGGAGGAAGCUGGGAGGGUGGGGAAGAGGGCUAAGGGAGCAUUGCAGCAGCAGGCGGUGCAGAAGAGGAGGGCUGAGGAGGUGAUGCAACAAUGGCAAGGGGCAGCACAAGCGUCGGCUUUUCAGAGUGCAUGGAAGUCGCUGGUGGUGCACGGGAGUGACGAUGAGGGAGGAGAUGAUGGGGAAACAGAGGAUGAUGAGGAAACGGAUGAUGAUGAGGAAACGGAGGAUGAGGAAACAGAGGAUGAGGAAACAGAGGAUGAGGAGGAAACGGAUGACGAGGAAACAGAGGAUGAUGAGGAAACGGGGGAUGAGGAGGAGGAUGUUAUUGAGGUUGUGGGGACGAAGAGGAAGGCACCUGUUAGUUCUGUGAGAGGGAGAGCAAAAGUGGGGAGGCAGGGAAAGGGACAGAAGAGGACAGUUAAGUAA